GUGGUACACACCUCAGUUAUUUAGUGCUCAUAUGGGCACACAGACCGCAUUUCAAUGCGUAAUUUUAGUAAGUAACAUGGAGACUGGCGAAAGAAAAAAUUCUCCGUGAAGCGUUUGGAUUUAUGAGCAUGACUUCUGUAAACAUCCUCAGGGAUUAAAGUUAAAAUGUCUGGAGAAUUCAUUGACAAGAGUUACGAGGGAUCAGUAGGGAUAAUCUACGCCGCAACCUCCAACUUCAGCUGUGUUUUCAACACGACCAACCGCUCCUACAGUGACUACUUCCACCACUCGGACAAGACAGAUUUUGUGGGAGAUGGCGCCGCUGUCGUGAGGAUUAUCAUCUCUAUCAUUUACUCACUGGUUUGCGCGUUAGGUCUUGUUGGAAACGUACUGGUCCUGUACCUAAUGAAGUCUAAACAAGUGUGGAAGAAAUCCUCCAUCAAUCUUUUUGUAACUAGUUUGGCUGUGACGGACAUCCAGUUCGUUUUGACUCUGCCUUUCUGGGCGGUGGAAAACGCGCUGGACUUCACGUGGCUUUUCGGCAAAGCAAUGUGCAAGAUCGUGUCGUACGUGACAGCUAUGAACAUGUAUGCCAGUGUGUUUUUCCUCACUGCCAUGAGCGUGGCGCGGUACUCGUCUCUGGUAUCUGCGCUUAAGGGCAGGCGGCGGCGGCCGCACUGCUGCUCGGCGCGGUGCAUCACCGUUUUCAUCUGGUUUGCCGCUGUCUCCGCCGCUCUGCCGCACGCAGUUUUCUCCACAACCGUGACAGUUUCCAAUGAGGACUUGUGUCUUGUCAAAUUCCCCGAAACCAAUGGGACUGCGCAGUUUUGGCUGGGACUCUAUCACUCUCAGAAAGUGCUGCUUGGUUUUGUGUUGCCUCUGGGCAUCAUCUCAGCCUGUUACCUGCUCCUUUUGCGCUUCAUUACAUCCAAAAACAUCAACACGUCGAGCGCAAAACGACGCGCAAAAAUCACCAGGUCUGUCACCAUCGUGGUUUUAUCCUUCUUCCUCUGCUGGCUACCCAACCAAGCCCUGACAGCUUGGGGCAUCCUCAUCAAACUCAACGUGGUUCAUUUCAGCUAUGAGUACUACACCACGCAGGUGUACGUUUUCCCUGUGUCCGUGUGCCUUGCGCACUCCAACAGCUGCCUGAACCCCAUCCUGUACUGCCUGAUGAGACGCGAGUUCAGGAAAGCGCUGAAAAAACUCUUUUGGAGCAUGACAUCGCCGACAAUACGACCGAUCACAGCCACCACAAAGCAAGAGGUGAACGAGCAAGAGCAAGUCCUGGCCCCGGUCAGCGCGCCAGAGGAACCCUCUGUGUUGUUCUACCCUCCGGGGGCAGUUAUGUACAAUGACAGACGGGAUCUGCCGCAAAACAACACUUAAAUCUAAAGUGUCUUUUUAAAUAAGUCAUGUUAAUUGCUCAGUUUCUCUCCCCACAGUUGCCCCCGAAAAGAUGUACUUGAAAAUAGAGUUAAUUGGAUUUGCAUUAUUAAAAAGGUGAGAAAAGAUGAUGAACUGUCAGAUCUCAGUUAAUCACACUGACUGACUCAAGCCUGUUUACAACAGACUUCGGCCACUUCACUUAUACUAAGAGAUGCUCUUUAUAAUUAAAGAGGCAAUGACAUUUCUCUUGUGAAUAA